AUGGAGCGGAAGAAGGCACAGGAGAUUAUUGACGGGAUACAGGCAAGUGAUCCCAAGACGAGACUGAAGCACAUGAAGGAAAUAAAAACCUUAUGUGAAAUUUUAGGAAUGGAAAGAACAAAAAAUGAAAUAAUCGAAUUCUUGUACAACAUAAUAGAGGACGAUUCAGAUGUCCUCUUCCAACUGUCCAAUAAUUUAGUUACCAUAACAAAUUUUUUAAGUGAUGUAAAUGGUUGUAAUUCCUUAUGUGACUUAAUACUACAUUUCAUUGUGACAUACGAGAAGGAAAUUAAUGUGAACGCCUUUCUUGCCUUUAAUAAUUAUUUACAUAAAUGUGACUGUAGCACACUGAUAAAUAUUAUAUGCCCCAAAGUGAUGAAGCUUGUUAGUAGCGAUAGUGAUAACUACCGAAUUGGAGUUAGCAAAAUUAUUCCAAAAAUAAUUGAGAGGUGCAUUAAGGAAGGACAACCAAAGUACAUGAAAACGUUUAUCCAGAUGUUUUUAGAAUUGUGUCAAGAUCAAAGCAUACUGGUAAAGAAAUCCUGCUGUGAAACUUUCUCUUCCUUCAUUCUUAUUUUAAAAAGAUAUAAGGAACUUAGCCAGAAUUGUACAUACGCUUCUUCAGCGAAAGGGGAAGAAGAGAAGGGAAAGGCACUUCCUGAGGAUGAAACUGUUGGGAAGGCCCAUGGGUAUGCACUUCAAACUGGUGCGAAUAAUGAGGCAGAUAGGAAAGAUUCGCUGGAAGGAAAACUCCUAAAUGGGGAAGAAGUGAAUGGUGUGAUGAGUACCCAUAGGAUCACACCAAGCGGAACAAGGGGACACACCCAAAAUGGGGGCGAAAUGAAGGAAGGGAAAAAUGUCCAGGAGGAAAUUAUAACCUUGAAAACGAAUGAAAAGCGAAAAAUAUUUGUAGAGAAACUGUGGGAUGGAGCGAAAGAAAUAUAUAGGAGUUUUUUUUCCCCCAUCAAUGGAAUGGACGAAGUACAAAUAAGCGCAGUAUUCAUAUUAGCAGAUAUCCUAACAUGUGAUCCCCAUUUUGUGAACAAUUUAGAAGAAACGUUAAGGAAUAUUUGUAAUGACGAAAGCUGGAGGGUAAGAGCCGUUUUAGCAAAUAACAUUCACAGAAUUUUAAAAGUACGAAAGAGUGAAGACAUCUCUAUAGUCAUUCUGUUAUUGCUGAAAGACGUAGACAGUAAUGUGCGUAGCAUUGUGCUAAAUAAUCUAGACAACAUUUUAGUGCAUUCAAAAAUUAGUGUAAACAUAAUGGAUGAAAUUUUUGAUGAUUUGAAAAGAGACAUAGAUAGUAAUAAUGUGCAUUUAAAAAUUUCUCUUUGCAAAUUGUUAUGUUCUUUGCCAGAUAUAUUGGACAAAAAUGGAUCCAUAGAAUAUAUCCUGCCAUUAUUUCUGCUAUUUAUAAGGAUAGAAGAAAGUGACUUGAAGUCUGAUUUGUUUACCUGUUUGCACAAAAUUUCUAAACUUAUUUCCUUUUUCGAUAUGAAACAAAUUAUUAUGCCACUGUGUCAAGAAAUUGUUAAAAGUAGGAAUUGGAGAUUGAGGUGUACAUUAUAUCAUUACUUAAAAUUUUUUGAUCACUUUUUUUUUUAUCAAAAUAAGGAAAAUUUUUCUUCAAAUUAUGGCGAUUUCUGGAACUUUAUAAAUAUAGGGGCGAAGGACAUGGUGUACUCCAUCCGAAUGGAAGUAGUGAACACGCUGCACUUUUUAAUCAAGGCGAAGGGUUUCUCCUUUUUUGAAAAAGGAAUUACUUACCUGUUAAGUGAUUUGAAAGAAUCUAGUAGGCAUAUCUGCAGAAUUACCUGUCUGCAAUACAUUUCCAGACUUGUCGUUUAUUUUCCCCUACACUAUAUCGAAAACAAGGUGCUAGCCAUUUUGGAAGAUUUGAACAAUGACAAAAUAAGUAACGUUCGCUAUAACAUAGUUAAGACCAUUUAUUAUGUGAAGAAUUAUGUCAAGUAUGUUUUGUCUGUCAUAGUGAGCGACACGUACAACACGAUGAUGAGUAAAAUAACAAAAAUGGUGGAAAGGAGGAACAGGGAAAAUGAGGAAAGUGAAAAAUUUUCUGCGGGUGGGGGGGCCCAAGUGCCUACUUCAAGUGCAGGGGUGAAUGCAGAUCAACAUUCCACUUUAGGCACAAACGCAGACGCAGAAACGGAUGACGAAAGUGAACAUGAUAUGCAGAAUUUUAUGUCGAAGGAACCAAGUGGGAAUGGUGCUGGUUAUUUUCACCUCCUGGAGAGUAAGCAGUGCCUCCUAAAAGAUCAAAUUAAGAGGAAGAAGUAUUCCUUUUUAAUUAAUUCAUGCGCAGUUUCAUCUCUUACCUUUUACGACAAUAUGAAGAAUACAGACACGAAUAGGCGCUGCUGCGAGCGCAUUUUGAGUUUCCUCUCGGAGAAGAUUAAUUCCUUGGGGGAAGACAAAGACGCGGACGUGUCUGCGGCAUCCAAAUGUUUGAAGAACGACGAUUUCUUUUACUACAUAAGUUCCGUAAACACGUUCAGUGCGGUGUGCAGGCCGAUCAAAUGA